AUGGCUGCUAGCUGGGAGAACCAAAUUGAUGAGCGAGUUGCACUCGCCAAGCUCUGUUUCGCCACCCAGACCUUUACUCCGUUCCACGUCCUCGUCGCACAGCAGUUCUCAACUUUCAGCGACGACACUAGCAAUCUAGACCCUGAAGCCAAGUUACAGAUCGACAAGAUCAACACGGAUGUCAUCGACUCGGGUCGCGACCACUACAAGGCGUUCUCUGACAAGGUAGAGAGCCUCAAGGGUCAGCAACCCGAUCAGGAAGCAUGGGAGCAGACCAUUGACGACGCGGCGGCCGAAGCCAAAGCCAAAAGUGAUAAAAUCAUCGACGAUGCCGCAGCUACUGCCAAGGGGGUCAUCCAGAAAUUGCCCGAGGCAACGCGCCAGUCGGCCGCCGAGACCUUCAAGAACGGCAUGAACAAGGUCUUGGUCUUCUUCGAGACCGUCUGGAACGGCAUCAAGACCGUGGUCAAUGCUGUCGUCCAGUUCAUCCAGAAUCUUUGGGGAAAGAUUAGGUCGGCUUGGGAGGCAGUUCAGAACGCCGCCACUGCCGCCUGGAACUGGAUCACGGGUGGUAGCAGCUACUUCAGUGGUUCCCAGGCCAAAGUUGCCAUUCUACCCGUGUCCGCCUCGGUUCCAGAUGUACACAACCAGGUCAAGCCUCUGCUGGAGAAGAUCAACUCCAAGGUCAACCCUGUCACUCGUCUUUCCAUCAAAAAGGGUCCUGAUGGGUGGAUAAUCGACCACGACUGA